GGCCCGUCGUCUUACACAAUGACUCCCGCGCUCUCCAACGCCGAGGCUGGCGGCAGCGUCUGCACCACGCCGGCAUGUCUCCAGCUUUCUUCCUACAUUCUCAGCAGCAUUGCGCCCAACUAUACCGAUAUUGAUCCGUGCACAGACUUUGACAAACUGGCAUGCGCGGGUUGGGCCUCGACGCACACGCCGAUCGCUGGUCGUGCAAGGGCCUCGUCCCUGGGCGAAGUCAGAAAUGCUGUCAACAUCGUGCUGAGGGACGUCCUGGAGGGCCCGUAUCCCAACGGGCCCAAUGCUGGCUUUCUGACGGCAUCCCUGUCCCAGGAACAGGUCGCCAUCGAUAGAGACAACUUCAAGCUUAUCGUCGACACGUAUAACGCCUGCUUGAACAAUACCGCCGUCCAGGCGGCAGGCCUACGCCCUCUAAUCAGCCUCAUCAACCGCGUUGCAGAGGCAUUUCCUGUCGCCGAUACAACGGAAGACAGGGAACGCAAGGUUUCCAAGGGCGAUGCUUCCAACAUUGGCAAGGCCUUGCUGCUUUUCAACCAGCACGGUAUCGGGACUUUCGAGCUCAUCGAUGUCACUUUGGACGAUCAGGAUCCAAACCAAACGAUAAUAUCCGUCCUGCCCGGUGGCACGCCAGGCCUCAGCGACUCACAAGCUCACAACAAUCAGACGGUCGAAGAGUACCAGCGCAUCAUGGCUGCCGUGCUACAAGAAGUGCACCCCAGCAAGCUCACUGCCAGUUACGCCCAGAAACUCGCCGUCGCCAUCAACCAGUUUGAGAGGGAUGUAAGCGCCUUAAAGUCCAAGGACGACAGUCGCGCAGACGAUAACUCACCAGGCAGGAAGUUCAAGUUGGAACAAGUCACGAGCGUGGCACCGGAGCUCAACCACGACUUCGUCCUCAAGAACUUGAUUUCCGCUGAUUAUGAGCUCAAAGAACUUUACUUCUCACCUGGUUACUUCGGCAACCUUUCUCAGCUGGUUACCAACACUUCCGUCGAGACAGUCCAAGGUUUCUUCAUGUGGAAGAUGGUCUUAACCUUUUCCGACUAUGUUGAGGCCGAAGCUACAGAGCGGCUUAACAGCUUCAAAGACAAAAUUCGAGCUGCAGAUCCCAACGUGGUCGGCAAGGCCCCAAGAUGGCAACAAUGCGUCCAGCAUGUCGACGAGGGUGUACCUUGGAGCAGCCUGCCUUCUGGGCUAGGCUGGAUUCUCAGCCGUUUCUACCUUGACAAGGGUUACUCGAAGGAGUCUCGUGAGCUCGCCACCAACAUGAUGGGCAGUAUCCAGCAAGCCUUCAUAUCGCGCCUCGGAGACAAGGACUGGCUCUCUUCCGAGGUCAAGAAGGCCGCCGAGGAGAAGGUCAACGCCAUUGUGAAGAAGAUCGGCUACCCAGACAUGUCGCCCGACACUGCCAACCCCCGCAACCUCGCAGACACCUUCUCCGGUCUGCAGCUUGGCAACGCCUACUUCGACAACGCUGUCGCGCUUGCAGCCUUUGCUGGCAAGAAGACUUUUGCACAACUUGGCAAGCCUAGUGACAAGGCAAUAUGGCUCCAGACCCCAUCAACGACCAACGCGUAUUAUUUCGCUACGUACAAUGACAUUAUCAUCAACGCCGGCAUUCAGCAAAAGCCUCUGUACAGCCCCGAGUACCCUGCAUACAUCAAUUACGGUGGGCUCGGCAUGGUUCUCGGCCACGAGCUCACGCAUGGCUUCGACAACAAUGGACACAACUAUGCUGCCAACGGUUCCCUCGUCAACUGGUGGGACGAGAAGAGCCUCCAAGCCUUCACGAACCGCACCAGGUGCUUUGCCGACCAGUACCAAAAGUUUACCGUCAUGGCGCCCAACGGUACGGUAGUGCCUAUCAACGGCAACUUUACGCUUGGGGAGAACAUUGCUGACGCAGGCGGUGUGGUGACGUCUUACGCGGCGUGGAAGAAAUCGCAGGCGGACAAGAAGUCCAACAAUAUGGACCUUCCGGGUCUGCAAAAGUUCUCUCACGACCAGUUAUUUUUCUUGCAUUAUGCCCAGACCUGGUGCGAGAAGUCGUCUAAGGAAGCCGACGUCUACCAAAUCGUCACCGAUGUCCACUCCCUUGGGUUUGCUCGCAUCAAGGGCCCGUUGGACAAUUCGGAGGACUUCCGCGCCGCAUUCAACUGUCCUCAGAAGCAGGCUACCUGUAGCCUCUGGUAGAGCUGUAUGGGCAGUUCUGGAUGGCACUUUUGCUGGCUGUUGCUCGAUAGCUGUAUGUAUGAUCAAGCGUGGGAAGAGUUGGUGUCUGGUACACUCGAGUUUCUUCCUGUUUCUUCCCUGACCGACGCGUUUAUAAACGGCAAAAUCAUCAUGCAAACACUUCUACCAAUGCUUUGUGCCAGCCGGGUAUGAAGAGGUACCCAUCGUCAGGUAUCCCUCAAUACGCAUCGUCGCCCAGCUAGAGCAGAGCAACCAGUUGCGGCCUAUCACGAUGUGGUGCAUGUAUCUUAUCACGCCCUCCGGGACUGGAAGUUGUCUGUUUGAGCUCUCAUGUCUGGGUAUUGGCGAAAGAUCCUAAAGGAACGGCCUCUAGUAGGACCUGACCUCGCAACUUCGGCCGGUGCACUUAUGAACCGUUUCCCUCCGUCGGCCAGGUCAGCAUUUACCACUAUUUGCCUCGGCCACGCUGGUUCGGAUUAAACACACAAACUUAACUUUACCGGGUUCGCCCAUCUUGCAAUCCGAACCCUACCUCACCGUAACCAAUCUUGGGAUCGGUCGUGCGACGCGAACAUCCACCCGGUGCCGGUCGUGUGGAAAGUGGGGCCAGACGGCCGGAGCUUAGGGGGUCCACUGCCGAAGCAACACCGGAGAUUAUCUCGGCCAUUGCUAGUCGCAGCUCCUAUACGAUGUAUUUCAGCGAAGGAAGAUCAUAUCAAAUCAAGAGGUGCCGGGAGUUGAAGAAUAGUGUUCUCGCUAAAAUGAAGUGGUGCGCGGGAUUUUGCAACGAAGCCCAAAAAAAUGCAAAUCUUCCAAUCCAAUCAGUGAGGCCAACCACAGGUCACCACUACCAUCCGCACACUCGGCGUGGGUGAUUGAGGGAUCUACCAUGCCUUGGAUGAUGCCUGGCCCACCUAUGUAAUGAUCUCGCAUCGCUAGCCGCCCACGGCCAACCCGGGCGACGAUAACCCACAUCGCCGCGCCGCCGCGUCCCAGGACCGCCUAGGAGAGAG